GGCAAUGCAGCUUGGCAGUGGCACCGUGGCAACGUGGCAGGCUGCACGGCAUCUGAAGGGUUCUGCCACCUUCCGCCGUCGCCCGCUAUCUCUCCUGCCGAGUUCGCGAUGAGGGUCCGGAUAUGGGCGUGGAGGAUGUGGUGGGUGUCGGUGUGCCUGUUCCUCGCGGCGCCCGCGUGGGCGGCCAAGAAGAAGGGCAAGAAAAAGACUCGCAAGAAGGACCGCCCUGUGGGACCUCCGCCCAUCACGCCCACGCAAGGAACGCCACGCAACAGGACCGGCACCGACAACGUCGACCAGCUGGACCGCCUGCUGGCGGACCUCGAGCCCAGCGUGCAGUUCAAGAGGCAGUACACCCAGUGUCCCUACAUACGACCGCCUGUCAACCCGCCGGUGUGCCCGAUCCCCCCGGCGUGCCCAAUGAUUCCGUGCCCGGUGCCCCCCAGGCCUGACCCGGUGCCCCCGACGCCCGGCCCGGUGCCCCCGCCGGUUGACCCUGUGUGUCCCCCGGCCCCCCAGUGCCCCCCCUGCCCCACUCAGCCAGCCACGUGUCCCCCUGGGCGCCCUGGGCCGCCCGGACCCCCCGGACCCCCUUGCACGGGCCCCCCAGGGACACCUGGCCCGCCUGGCAUCAGCUCCCCGGGCCUCCCAGGGCCUCCUGGCCUCCCGGGAACCUGCAGCGGCAGUAGCUGCGUCGCCCCCCCGAGCUGCGGCAACGAUGCCUGGUACGGCACCAUCACGAACAUGAUCUCCAGCGGAUGCUGCGACCGAGGGUGUCCAGAAGGGGACAAGGAGUGCCCCUGGGACAUCAGCCUGCUGGUCUCCAAGUACCUGGUGGUGAGGGACCAGAUCGACCUGAUCUCCAAACUCGACACUCGAAUCGACCUUCUCGUGGCCGCCAUCUUCCGCAUGCGUCUGGCUGUCGAGGGAGCGUACGAGAUGGUGGGCGAGCCCGGGGAGCCCGGCGAGGAGGGCGACCCCGGGGACAAGGGCGACCGCGGCCCCGCCGGCGAGCCGGGACGCUGCCCGGGCUCCAGCUGCAUCGUGGGCCCCGCGGGCGACCCGGGUCCUCCCGGCAGCCCCGGCGACAAGGGCCGGAAGGGCGACUGCUGCUACGGCACGCCCGGGCCGCAAGGGCGCAAGGGCGACGCCGGCCGCGGCAUCCCCGGCGAACGCGGGCCUCCGGGACACAGAGGCGACAAGGGAGAGAUUGGGAGGGCCGUUUUCGGCUACUCAGGCGAGCUGGAGGUAUCCGGCGGAGGAAAUAUUUGGGGAGGAUACAUUUCACCUUAAGGUUCCCGGCAUCGCGAUCAGCGCUUCAUCAGUCUGCUUCCUUUACUCCGUUUCUUACCAUCUGGGCAACGUUGUGGACGAAAGCCCCCAAGCACUGCCAUUCAUCAGUCAUUGCCACUAUGACCUCCCUCAAAGCUAUGUAACAUAUAAUUUUAGAUUACUAUGUAGGGGUGUAUGCCCCGAUUUCUGUAGAAUUUUGUGUGAUUCUUUACUGUAAGUCAAUGAAAAGUGGGAAAGUUCAUUGAAACAAA